AUGCGCGUCACCGAGCUUUUCACGUGCGCUUUGCUGCAAGCAUCAGCAGUACUAUCGACACCUCUCGAUGAGCGAAGCGUCAAGGUAGUCGCGUCGAAGAGGCCACACCAUCCGGCGUAUCCUUAUCACCCGAAGAAGGCAUGCCCGGCAUCGCCGCCACGAACCAAGACCUGCAACGUCAAGGCUCUCGGAAACGGCAAGGAUGAUUCCGCCAACAUCCUGCAGGCGAUCAAGCAGUGCAACAACGGCGGUCAUGUCGUUUUCCCGAAGGACCAGAAGUUUACCAUUGGAACCGCGCUGGAUCUCACUUUCCUCAACAGCAUUGAUCUGGACAUCCAAGGCUCCAUCCAAUUCACAAACGACACAGACUACUGGCAAGCCAACUCCUUCAAGCAAAUCUACCAAAACGCCACCACUUUCUUCCAGCUCGGCGGCAAGGAUGUUAAUGUCUACGGCGGCGGCACCCUAGACGGAAACGGCCAGGCCUGGUAUGACCUCUACGCCGAGGAUAUCUACAUCCUGCGACCCAUCCUCUUCGGUGUCAUCGGCGCAGAAGGCGCCACUAUCUCUGAUCUAAAGUUCAGAUACAGUCCGCAGUGGUACACGUUCGUUGCCAACUCCACCGACGUUGUAUUCGACAACAUCGACAUCUUCGGUGGCAGCAAGAGCAAGAACCCCGCUAAAAACACGGAUGGCUGGGACACGUACCGUUCAGACAACAUUGUCAUCCAGAACUCGCACAUCGACAACGGCGACGAUUGCGUGUCGUUCAAGCCUAACAGCACCAACAUCGUUGUUCAGAACUUGAUCUGCAACGGUAGCCACGGUAUUAGUGUCGGUUCUCUUGGCCAGUACCCAGGCGAAGUUGAUAUCGUCGAGAACAUUUACGUGUACAACAUCAGUAUGUCGAAUGCAUCGGACGGCGCGCGUAUCAAGGUCUGGCCUGGUGCUUCUUCCGCUCUCUCCGGUGAUCUUCAGGGUGGAGGUGGUGGCGGUGCUGUCAAGAACAUCACGUACGACGGCAUGACCAUCUCGAACGUCGACUACGCGAUUGAGAUUACUCAAUGCUACGGUCAGAAGAACUUGACUCUUUGCAACCAGUUCCCCUCCAACCUCACCAUCUCCGACAUCACAGUCAAGAACUUCCACGGCACAACCAGCAAGAAGUACGACCCGCUUGUUGGGUAUCUGGUCUGCUCCAGCCCGGCAGUUUGCUCAAACAUCAACAUCGAGAAUGUUAAUGUUACGAGCCCGAGUGGAACGAACCAGUACACUUGCUUGAACAUUGACGGGAUUGAGAGUCAGGUUAACUGCACUACCAAUGGAGGUCAGGGUGGGGAGUCAGGAGGGAACUGA